AUGACCGUUGGGGGCGACUCACCGGACACUCCAGCGAAGCCCCCAGAUCCCGUCGAUCCCGUCGAUUCCCCACCGGCGACCUCCUUCGCUGGUCCGGUGAUCUGCUCGGCGCCCGCUGCAGUUCUAGCGGACCUCUCUAGUCCGGUGUUUUUCUGCUCGGCGCCUACUGCAGGUCUGAUCUCGGUGCAGGCCGAGCGACAAGAUGGGGCAGGGGGCCAUCAUUCAGAGGAUGGGUUACAAGGACUGGAAGGUGGACGUCGCUCCUGCUCGGUGCUGGAUGCGGCAAAGCCUGCAGCUCCGACGGCUGCCGCGACAUCCGACGCGCAUCAGGCUCCCAUCUCCGAGAUGCAGGACAUCGACUUCAGCUCUGGCAGUCCUUCACCGCCUGCUUUGGAGGAUCCUGUCAUCAUCCUUUCUCAGGAGGAGGCAUCUUUUGAGGCGAGGGGCCCUCCGAGGCGGCCAGAUGGCGAUCUACGCCGGCGCCGCCUUACCCUCGUUCCACAUCGGGCAAUAGUGUCCUCCUUCGCUGAGGCGAUCGACAGCGAGACAAGGCAUCAGGUACGUGACGAUGGUGAUACAGGUUCAGGAGGGGCUGAUGACGAAGCGGACGCGGAUGGGAACGACGACGUUGCGAUCGCGCCAAGGUCAGAUGCCGAGGAGACAAUAAGGAUGAUCGACGACGUCGACGUACUGAAGAUUCAGGCCGAUAGUGUUGCAGGGAUUCAAGAAAUCAAUAAUGCACCAAGCAACUACAACAUCAACAUGAAUUCAAGGGAAAGGGCCUAA